GAUAGUGCGGGUGCUGGAGCUGGCGGGGACGGUCAUGGAGGAGCUGGGGAACUCGCAGGGUCCCCGCGGCGAGGCCGUCGUCGCUCACUGCCGCGAGUUCAUGCUCUACAUGAAGGAAAUUCAAACUACAUUGCGUGAGGAAAUAAAAAGUGCUUGUGAAUACCGGCCAUUUGAGAUGUGUGACUACAGUGCAAGGAUUGCUAACGAGAUUUGUUGCAAAAAGCUGGAGUAUGUGAUUGAGAAGAUGGAUGCCAUGCAACUGAACAUUGAGCACAGCACCAAUGAAGUUUAGCUAGUUUAACUGGCUAUCUAGUGCCUGGUAGUGAAAUGGCCGUAAGGGAUUUUUGAAGUUCAAACCUUGGACAAACAGAAAUUUGAUUAGGGGUUCGGGAAAGAAGAUUCAGCAGAUUGAAGCCAUGGCACUGGUUUAUUGUAGCUCACUAGCUCUUUAUGCACUUGACAAGCAUCUCAGUGGUGUACUGGCAUUACAUGCCUGACUAGGUGUGAGGAGUUUGCUUUAAAUUGCUUUCUUAUGGAUUACUAUCCAUUAUCAAUGGGAGCAUGACAUGCUUUGUGAGGUAUCUGCCGCUGAUACAGAUAGAAGUACUACACAUGUUGCAUUGUUAUUCUUGUUCGUUCCAUGUAUUCCUUUUAAUUGAACCUAUUGCCUUCUGGUUGCUAGAGCACUAGUGUCUGAACUGCAAUCAGUUAGUUCCACUGGAUAACUCUUCUUUUAGUUUCCAUGAAACAUUGCUCCAUAUUGUUUGGCAUGCUUAACCAUUGUUUUCCAUGCCUGUAUCUGUACG